AAAACCUCCGCCCCCAAGCUACUUCCCCUCGAUCGGACUCCAUCGUACCGAACCUGGCACUCCACUCUGCUACCGCGCUGACGAGAUGAUGACACAACCCGGUAGGAUGACAAUGGUUGCCAUUUUUUGAUCUCUCUACAGGACGAUUUAUUGAACUCAUUUAAAACAUGGGUGAUAGUCAGUAUUCUUUCUCUCUCACAACUUUCAGUCCUUCUGGGAAGCUUGUUCAGAUUGAACACGCCCUAACAGCUGUUGGUUCUGGUCAAACAUCUUUGGGAAUUAAAGCUGCCAAUGGUGUUGUCAUUGCAACGGAAAAGAAAUUACCAUCCAUUUUGGUUGAUGAGAGUUCAGUGCAAAAGAUUCAGAUUUUAACUCCUAAUAUCGGAGUGGUAUAUAGUGGCAUGGGGCCUGAUUCUCGAGUUCUGGUCAGAAAGAGUCGGAAGCAAGCAGAACAGUAUAACAGACUAUACAAAGAACCAAUCCCAGUUACACAACUUGUAAAGGAAACUGCCGCUGUUAUGCAAGAAUUUACUCAGUCAGGUGGUGUAAGACCUUUUGGUGUUUCACUCCUUGUUGCUGGAUUUGACGACAAAGGUCCUCAACUAUAUCAGGUGGAUCCCUCAGGUUCAUACUUCUCCUGGAAAGCUUCGGCUAUGGGAAAGAAUGUGUCUAAUGCUAAGACAUUUCUGGAAAAGAGGUACACUGAUGAUAUGGAACUUGACGAUGCAGUCCACACGGCAAUUUUGACAUUGAAGGAAGGAUUUGAAGGACAAAUCUCUGGCAAAAACAUCGAGAUCGGGAUUAUUGGUGCCGACAAAACAUUCAGAGUCUUAACACCGGCCGAAGUUGAAGACUACCUACAAGAAGUCGAGUAAUUAGUAUUUCGCUUUCCUUUUGAUGUCGGUGAAACUGGAACGAGAAAUGGAAUGUGAAAUAGAUUAAAUGUUCUUUGGUUUUAAAAAUAUGUGACGGUUCUACGGUG